UGGCAGGGGCACCUGCAAUGUAACACAAAAUAAACCUAUAAACAGAAAAAAAAAAUCCACACUAGUGGACGCAAAAUCCAGAUUCAAGCAAAAUGGCACACAACACUUACAAUCAUUAGCAGCAGUUUUUGAAUCCCACGGAACCUUGUCGUUGUUGUUGUUGUAUGGGAGCAAUUUCAAUUACCCGUGUUCAGAUUUUACUCCUUCUCGAAUUGAAUCUAGCUUCUGCUGGUAUCACGUUCCCAUCAAAAUAUUUCCUUCGAAUUCUUCAAUUGCAAGCCACUCACAACCCCCCACCAACUUUCUCUCCGACCCUUUUCCGAAGUCGGAGAAAAGUUUUGUUUUUUUUUCCUCAGAUCUCAGGUUCCCCCUUCAAGGGUCAUUCCAAAAACCAAAACCCCAUAUGUGAGUUUCACAGGGAUCUGGGAACAAUAAAGCGGGCGAUGUUAGGUGCGGUGCAGUUGGGUUUGUUAGCGGCGUGCGUGGUUCUCUUUGUACCUAUGGGUAUGGCGGGGUGGCACUUGAGUCGCAACAAGGUUCUCUUCUUCAGUGGCGCACUUUUCAUCACUCUCGCUGUUGGGGUUCACCUCACACCUUAUUUCCCUUCGGUUUCUGAUUUCGUCACAUCGGUUUCCUCUUCUUCUGUUAAUGUUGUAGUGGACGAUCGCGAUUCGUGUGUUUCGUUGCUUCAUGAAAUUGUCUGGGAGGUGAGGCCGAGGGUGUUUGACUUUGACCCUAUGAAUAACAAUUCAGUGAACUACGAAAAGUCUUGGUCUUGGAAGAGAUCGGGUUCUGUGGAGUCCUGUGAGUUUCAGAGGCUUAAUCGGCACGACGUUUCGGUUUUGCUUAAUGGGUCUUGGGUCGUGGUGGCGGGGGAUUCGCAAGCUCGAAUCUUUGCGCUUUCGUUGUUGAGUUUAGUUCUGGACUCAGAAGGUAUGGAAUCUGUUAAAGGGUCUUUGUUCAAGCGGCAUAGUGAUUACCACACUGAGGUGGAUGAGAUGGGGAUGGUGUUGGAUUUCAUGUGGGCACCUUAUGUCACCAAUUUGACCAGUUUGGUUGCGGGGUUCAAGAGGAAUCGUGUUUAUCCUGAUCUUUUGGUGAUGGGUUCUGGUUUGUGGCACAUGCUGCACAUCACGAAUGCUUCGGAUUAUGGUGUGUCCUUGGGGGUUUUGAGGAGUUCGGUGACUUCACUGUUGCCGGUGUCCUCCGAAUUUGGCAAUGAAGAGUCUAUGGCGGUUAGAUCGCCACACUUGUUUUGGCUGGGGAUGCCAACUUUGGUGAACUCCAUGUUGAAUACGGCGGAGAAGAGGGAGAAGAUGACUGAUCUAGUGCGAGAAGAAUAUGAGAGAGAGGUUAAAAGAAGUGGCAUGUUGAGGCAGUUUGAGGGUCCACUUCAUCUACUGGAUAUUGGGUCAUUGAGUUGGAAUUGUGGGAUCAGGUGUACAGAUGAUGGAAUGCAUUAUGAUGGGGUUGUUUAUGAGGCUGGAGUUCAUGUUAUGUUGAAUGCAUUGCUUAUUGAAUCUCAUCAGAAGAUAUGAAGUUUGUAGCAUCAGUUUGGUUCCCCUUAGAUGUGAGCACCUCAACUCCCUCCUCUGCGACGUAUACGAUGUGUUAUGGUGGAGCAGAUUAAUUGAUGAUUGUUGAGAACAACCACGAAACCAUUGUUUGAUUUCUUCAUGGAUUGUAAUAGGAUGCCGUUUUAUGUUUUUCCUUCUGUUGACAUUAGUAGAUCACCUCAGGUCUUAACAGGUCCGUGUUUCAUUUGACACAAAUUUAGAUUGAUGGUAUCGAUAGCAUCAGUUCGAAGCU